AAUGCUCAGAUUCUUCACUCAAUUUUGAAAAUCAACCUUUGAGAGACAAACCCAAAUCGGAAAUCAGUCAUGAAGAGAGACCACCACCACCUCAAUCCUAACCCGGAUACAACCACCUCCGGGAAAGUCAAGUUGGAGGAGCAAGAUGGUGGGAUGGAUGAGCUGUUGGCUGUUCUUGGGUACAAGGUCAGGACUUCCGAUAUGGCCCAAGUCGCGCAGAAGCUGGAACAGUUGGAGGAAGUCAUGGGUAAUGUUCAGGUUGAUGGGAUGUCGCAUCUUGCUUCCGACACUGUUCAUUAUAACCCGUCGGAUCUGUCUACGUGGGUUGAGAGUAUGUUGUCGGAGUUCAAUCCUCCGACGAGUUUUGAUUCGGUUUUGGCGGCACCACCGCCGCCGCUGUCGUCAGGGAUGGGUAGUUCUUUUUCAACGCUUACAUCUGUAGAUUUCAACGACAAUCAGAAACAGCAGCUGAAUACUCCAUUCUUUGACGAAUCUUCGUAUCCGGAUUACGAACUGAAAGCAAUUCCCGGUAAGGCAGUGUAUUCAAAUACCCAGACUCUUGAUUCAUCGUCUUCCUCGAAUCAUAACGAAAGUAGCAGUAACAAGCGUUUGAAACCCAGUUCUGGAUCCAACUCAGAGACUUACCCCACCACCUCCAUGGCACCUUUCGGGAUUCCCCCUGACCCAACUCGUCCUGUAGUCCUGGUUGACUCACAAGAAAACGGGAUCCGACUCGUCCACGCUCUGUUGGCCUGUGCGGAAGCCGUGCAAGAAAACAACCUCACCCUAGCGCGAGCCCUCGUAAAUCAAAUCAGCUACCUCGCGAUUUCUCAAGCCGGAGCUAUGGGUAAGGUAGCAACACACUUCGCGAGGGCCUUGGCUUCGAGAAUUUACGGAUGUUGCCCAGAAUACCCACUGGACCAUUCUCUCUCAGAUUUUCUCCAGAUGCACUUCUACGAGACAUGCCCCUAUCUCAAAUUCGCUCACUUCACAGCCAAUCAAGCAAUUCUCGAAGCUUUUGAAGGUAAGAAGCGUGUGCACGUAAUUGAUUUCUCUAUGAACCAAGGAAUGCAAUGGCCGGCGUUGAUGCAAGCUCUAGCGUUAAGGCCUGGUGGCCCACCCACUUUUCGGUUGACCGGGAUCGGCCCUCCGGCUCCAGACAACUCGGACCAGUUGCAGGAAGUCGGGUGGAAGUUGGCUCAGUUGGCGAAGACGAUCCACGUCGAGUUUGAGUAUAGCGGUUUGGCGAGAAGUUUGGCCGAUUUGGACGCGUCAAUGCUUAACUUAAGACCUAGUGAGGUUGAGUCGGUGGCCGUGAACUCAGUUUUUGAGCUGCAUAAAUUGUUAGCUCGUCCCGGCGCCAUUGAAAAGGCUUUGUCGGUGGUGAAGCAGAUGAACCCGGAAAUCGUCACCGUCGUCGAGCAAGAGGCGAAUCACAACGGGCCACUCUUCUUGGACCGGUUCACCGAGUCCUUACAUUAUUACUCUACUCUUUUCGACUCGCUGGAGGGAUCGGUGAAUGGGCAGGACAAACUAAUGUCGGAGAUGUAUUUGGGUAAGCAGAUUUACAAUGUGGUGGCGUGCGAGGGAGUCGACCGAGUCGAGCGCCAUGAAACGCUGACUCACUGGCGAACUCGGUUGGGAUCUUCUGGGUUCGUGCCGGCUCAUCUUGGGUCAAACGCGUUCAAACAAGCCAGCACGCUGCUGGCCCUGUUCGCCGGCGGAGAUGGGUACAGGGUAGAGGAAAACAACGGGUGCCUAAUGCUGGGUUGGCACACUCGGCCGCUCAUCGCUACCUCGGCCUGGAAACUCGCUAACAAAACUGUGAUGACUCACUGAGUUAACACACUGAGUUUUUGAACCUCACCAAGAGCUCUUAUUUGGGUUGCUGUCACAAAAUGCUUUUCUGAGCUGGGUUCCUUGUUGAUUGAAAGUGAAAAUUAAUGUUGAAACCCACCACUCCUUUGUAUCUCCUUUUCUUUCCCCUUUUAAUUUUAAGUUUUCAUUUUAGUCCUUCUUUUCCUAAUUUUUUAGGUAAUGAAUAUUUUUUUUUUCUCUUUUUAUUGGGGAUCUCUUAUAUUUUUCCUGGGUGGAUCAGAAAGGCUCAGUGUAUUUAUUUAUAUAGCUUUUGGUGCCAAUAAUAAAAAGAAAGAUUGAAC